AUGCUCAGCUCGCGACCCGUCUCUAUCCACGCCGACGGCCCCGCUCAGUUGGGCGCGAAGACUCCUGGGAGGCCCCUCGCAAAGGGGAGGAACGCGCUCCAAGAGAACGCUGUUCUUCGCGGAGUGCUCCCAGCUACUGUCAAAGCGCGCAAGGUCGCCACACAUCACACACCAUUCCACACCAAGUCUACCAAACAUCCAGGCAGCAGCAAGACAGGAUCGAAAUCUAUCCUACUGAAGACUACCUCGAAGCCUCUUCUCGACAAGACACCGUUUCCCAACAGGACCGCCCGUACGCUGCGCACGCCCGAGCUCGCAGAUGAGAAGAUCGCGAAGCUCUCGUUCCUGGAUGUGGAGACCGACGUGCCGGGGUCCUCGCAGCAGCAGCAGCAUCUACGGCCCAGCUCGUCGAGGAAGAGCCUGAGGCUGCCGCGGAGCGCGACGAGCAUUAAGUUCCGCACGCCGGUGACGACGGGGAAUCACUGGGAUGUGAGCGACGGGGAGGUGCAGGUGCAGGCGGAGAAUGCGGACGCCGAGCAGGAGGCGGUGGAGGUGGAGGACGAUGAUGAGAUUGAGUAUAUGCCGCCCACUGCUAUCAUCCCGCCGUACGAGCCCCCGUUCGAGAUGCCCGACUAUAAGGUGUUAGGGAAGGAGCUAUUGCAAACAGCGUUUUCGUAUCCGUACGAUGAUGGACCUCCGCCUGCUCUGGACUUGAGCGUGUAUGACGAGAAGUUCUUUGCGAGUAUGGAGGCCGAGUGUGAGCUGGAGCUACCAGAACUCGACGAUGACAACCUUCUUCCUGCGGAGAAACGGCCAUCGUCGUCGGCUACAAAAUCAUCAGAUACAAGAACCACACGCUCAAGAACAGUAAAAGUGUCCAGCAAUACUACUUCCCGGGCAUCCCCGGAGACAGCACCGACGAGACGACCAAUUACUCGAGCUGCCGCCAAGGGCGGGACCACUCCUGGAAGUUCUGAAACUCAACCGCGCGCCCUUUCAACGAGGAGUCCGUUGAUGCGAGCGACGUCCGUGGCGUCCACUCGGCCCACGACGCGGUCAGCAGUUAAGGCGACCGCCGUGGCCAGACCAGCGACUUCGACGUCGACGUAUAGACCUUCGCUCGCGGAUAUUCGCAAAGCUGGAGGGCAGACUCGGACAGCGGCGAAGGCGACGUCUGGACAAGCCGCCGCGGUUGGCGUGGUGCGCCGGGCGACUUCGACGGCCGGUCGCGCGACUUUAGCUGCGAAGACGUCCUCCGCGGCUGCCCGGCAUACCAAGACCGAUUCAGUGGCGGAGGAGCAGGAAGUGGACGGGGUACUGUUAUUCGAUGAGCAAGGUAUUGGAGGGGAUGAUUUCUUGUUCGACGUGUGA